AUGAAGCUUCUCCCCGUCUUCGUGGCGGCCACGGCCGGCCUGGCUGCGGCCGCCUCGGCCAUGCACCAGAGGGACGUGACGUGUCCCGGCGGCAGAACGACCUGUCCGGCCGGCUACGUCUGCUGCGUAUGCUGUGACGGCAGCCCCGGCGACGACUGCCAGGGCUGUCGACGCCGCGGGGGCGGUUCGUGCUUCUGCUAG